CUGAGCUGUUAUUUUGAGCCCAGCAGUGCCUUCAAGAGUUCCUCUUCUGCACACAGGAGACCACAGAUAUCUGAGGGAUGACACAAAUUACAGCAUUAUUCAAGGUUGAAGGCCAGGGUCUGAGGAGAAAGUCUUAAUAAAAAGGGAUAGAUGUUGUCAUCAAUAGUGAGGCUACAGGUCACGUGCACAGGGAAGAUGGACACCUGACGCAAGCCAUCUGGGCCUUUUGGAUAUGUUGGCUUCGAAGAAAUAGGGACUUCAUGGCACAGUUGGAGUGUGACUGUUACCAAUCCUAACUGCUGAAUCCCCCGAGGCCUGACUGUAUCAACAACCCCUGGGCCCUGCCAGGCACUGAAGGACCACCUGAGGUGCACAUGUCAUCAGUUCCUGUGGCUGGUCAUGGACCCUACACUGGGUGAUGGAGGGGAGGAGAAGGAAGAGAUGAGGUGCCCCUGUGAGCCAGAGACAUGUCGUGCUGCCAGCCCUGCAACCCUUGCUGCCAGCCCUGCGGCCCGACCCCGCUGGCCAACAGCUGCAAUGAGUGCUGUGUCAGGCAGUGCCAGAGCUCCACUGUUGCCAUCCAGCCCUCUGCUGUUGUGGUGACCUUGCCCGGGCCCAUCCUCAGCUCCUUCCCACAGAACACCGUGGUGGGAUCCUCCACCUCCGCUGCCGUUGGCAGCAUCCUCAGCUGUAAUGGAGUGCCCAUCAACUCCGGGGGCUUUGACCUCUCCUGCAUCACCAACUGCUACCGUGGCAGAUGUCCCCCCUGCUAAAGCUGCUGGCAACGUCCUGGGGCAAGAUCCUCCAAGACCUCACAACAGGAUGCUGCACUGAAAACAGAACUUUGAGACGCUGUAUUUGGAGCUUCAUGAUGAUGUUUCCUUCUCCCGCUCUUCCACCUCUUUCCUUUGUUUUCUGUUAUCCUUCCUCCCUCUACAAGGCAGGCAGAUGGACAACCUGCAGGAGCUCCACUGCAUCUUAGUGGCUGUUCCUCGGGCUCAUUGUGAGCCACCUCCUUUUCUUCCUUAAACUCAAUAAAUCUGUUGUGCUUCC